GAGUGAUGUGGGAAGCACCUGUUCUGUGUAAAGGUCAAGAAAUAAAAUGUUUGAUAAAGGGAAGAAACAAAAUAUCUGAUAAAUGGAAGCCAUGAAGAUGUCAAAGCGGUUCUUUGCUUUCGGAAUCUUGGCAUGCAUAGCUAUUUAUGUUGCAUAUGUAAAAUGGCACUUGGAUUCUAAACAAGUUGUGGGAGCAACAGAAGGAGUUUCUGAGAGCAGGGGAGACAAACUGACCCAUCAGGCACCGACCACAGAACUCUCGGUCUUCUAUGGGAUUAUGUUUGAUGCAGGAAGCACAGGAACUCGCAUCCAUAUAUUUAAAUUCACACAGCAGCCAAAAGAGACUCCCAAAUUGACCCAUGAGACGUUUAAAGCACUGAAGCCAGGUCUAUCUGCAUAUGCUGAUGAUGUUGAAAAGAGUGGCCAGGGAAUAAAAGAGCUCCUGGAGGUGGCAAAGGAGGAAGUUCCAAUGGAGCUGUGGAAGUUUACUCCUCUUGUCCUGAAAGCCACAGCUGGCCUGCGGUUGCUGCCAGGAGAGAAAGCACAGAAGUUGCUGGAUAAGGUGAAGGAGAUCUUUCAGGCCUCCCCCUUCUUCGUGAGGGACAACUGUGUGUCAAUAAUGAAUGGAACCGAUGAAGGUAUUUCAGCCUGGAUCACAAUAAAUUUUUUAACAGGUAGCCUAGAUGAUCCGCAGAAGAGAAGUGUGGGGAUGCUGGAUUUGGGUGGUGGAUCAACACAGAUCACCUUCCUUCCACGCACCGAGGCAACUCUCCAGACAUCACCAGCUGGCCACACAACUUCAUUUCAGAUGUUUAACAACACCUACAAGCUGUAUUCAUACAGUUACCUGGGACUCGGGCUGCUGUCAGCAAGGCUCGCCAUUUUAGGAGGAGUUGAGGGAAAACCCUUAGGAGAAGGGGAGGAACUGAUCAGCCCCUGUUUACCUCCUGGCUUCAAAUCUGAAUGGCAGCAUGGUGAGAUAGUGUACAAAAUUAAAGGACAGAAGGCAGGUGAGCCUCUGUAUGAGUCUUGUUCGAACAAAGUGGCAAAGAUGCUCUACAAAAAAGUGCAUAAAGCUGAGGAAGUGAAGGACUUGGAUUUUUACACUUUCUCCUACUACUAUGACCGUGCAGCAGAGGUUGGUCUCAUAGAUAAAGAAAAAGGAGGAAGCUUAACUGUUGGUGACUUUGAAAUUGCAGCUAAAUAUGUAUGUAAGACCAUGGAAAUCAGUCCUGGAAGCAGCCCUUUUCUUUGCAUGGACCUCACGUACAUCACCUUCCUCCUGCAAGAACUGGGCUUCCCGAAGAGCCAAGUCUUCAAGCUUGCCCGGAAAAUUGACAAUGUUGAAACGAGCUGGGCAUUGGGAGCCACUUUUCAUUACAUUGACUCACUCAAUAGACUGCAAUACUAA